AUGGCGCAACAGUACCUCAAAGGCAAAACAGCCAUCGUCACUGGUGCUGGUAAAAUCAACGGCAUUGGUGCAGCAUCUGCCAUUGCCCUUGCUGAGCAGGGCGCCAAUGUCUUGAUUCAUUACAACAGUUCAGCAGCUGCAGCGGAAGAGGUGGUCGCCAAAAUCAAGAGCCUCGGGGUCCAAGCCGCCGCCGUUCAAGCCAAUGCCGCAGCGGAGGAAUUUGGUCGGGUCCUGGUUGAUGGCGCAUUGAAAGCAUUCAAGACCGACAGCAUCGAUAUCAUUGUCAACAACGCUGCAAUAGCGCCCAUUCAAUCUGGAGGCAUUGCAUCUGCAGCUUUCGAAGAAUGGGACGAAGUCUUCCAAGUCAAUGUCCGCGGACCGUUUGUGCUCAUUCAAGCGGCCCUCCCAUACUUGAGGGCAGGCGCACGCAUCAUCAACAUUUCCAGCAUCAUUGCCCGGCUCGGGUCGAAGAUGCUGAUAACCUACGGCGCAUCCAAAGGGGCCUUGAACUCCCUAACGGUGGCGUUAUCUGACGAACUCGGCCCAAGAGGGAUCACCAUCAACGUCGUCGCUCCUGGGCCCAUUAAAACAGACAUGAGCAUGCAGGGAACGCCCAUUGGAACAAGGCUGGGCAACAACCAGCAUAUCAAGAGGGAGGGAACACCAAGGGAGACCGCCGACACGGUCUUGUUCCUGGCGAGUCCUGCCAGCAGCUACAUCACGGGGCAGGUCAUUGGGGUGGAUGGUGGCAUUAGCUUCCCUUGA